GAUCGCUAAAAUUUCUAUUCGUUUUGACAUCUUCAUGAUAAGAAACAUGUGUUUCUCAUCAGCACAUUUACUGGUGGCGCUGCUUCUGAUGGUGGCGUUCUACAAAAAUUGCAAGGCGUCAGAUGGAUACAAGAAUUGUUCUGGGUUAUGCGGACAUCACACCGUGAGCAGCCCUUUCCGUCUGAGAGACUUUGCAGAGCAGUGUGGUGAUCAUAGGUAUGAGCUAUCUUGUGAGCACAACCAAUUGGUGCUGUACUCGCAAUCUGGUAGAUACAGUGUCUUGUCCAUUAACUAUGAGAACUAUACAAUCCGAGUGAGGGAUGCUGAAGUUGUGGAGUUGAAUUACUCUUCCCUGCCCCGAGAUUCUUUAACAGACUACAACUUUAGCUAUCGGGAUCCAUAUGCCCUUACCAUUGAAACAAAUUAUGAAGAUGGAUCUGGGGCUUAUAAUCGAUUGACAAAGAUUAUGAUAUACGUGCGGUGUAAAAGCCCUGUGGAUGCCUCAGUGUUUGUGGACACAGCCCCUUGCUUCAAAAAUUCCAGCAGGUCAGUAGCUGCUGCGUCGUCGUAUGUGUAUGCGAGCGUAAUUGGCAGAGAAACUGCAGGGGAAUGGGGGUUAGGGGACGAUUGUGGUAUAGAGAUAAUGUAUAUGACAUCGUGGCCUGCUCCAAAGAACCAGUCCUGGUCCUGCGAAGACAUCCACAAUAUGCUUGUUUACGGCUUUGAGCUUUCUUGGCUGAACAGUGACUGCCUCAAAGUUGGAGGUUAUGCAUAUCUCGAUGAAAGUAAGCAACGCCAUUGCGCUGGCUCAAGUAUAAAUUAUAUCAUUUUUGAAGAUAUCCUGUUCUUCCUCCAAUUCUUUAUUGAGAACCUCCUCCCCAUUAUAUUAGCCGGUAAAUGCGUUUUCGGGGCUCCAUUUGUCAUUGUUCUUCUGAUCUACAAAUGGCGGGGAAGACAUCUAUCCAUGUAUGACAACAUUGAAGAUUUUUUGCAAAGCGACAACAACAUCAUGCCUAUAAGAUAUUCCUACAGAGAUAUCAAGAAGAUGACCAAAGGGUUUAAAAUAAGAUUAGGGAAGGGAGGCUUUGGCUCUGUCUUCAAAGGACAACUUCGAAGUGGUCGUGAUGUAGCUGUCAAGAUAUUGGAUAAAGCUAACACUGAUGGUCAGGAAUUCAUCAAUGAAGUUUCUACACUUGGUAGAAUCCACCAUGUUAACGUGGUGCAACUCAUCGGUUAUUGUGUGGAACGCUCAAAGCGUGCUCUUAUAUAUGAGUUCAUGCAAAAUGGAUCUCUUGAAAAAUACAUUUUCUCUAAACUUGAUGAGAAUGAUCAAUCCUUGAAUGUUCAUCAAUUGUAUGCCAUUUCUCUAGGAGUAGCUCGUGGUAUUGAAUAUCUUCACAAAGGAUGUGCUAUGCAAAUCCUGCAUUUUGAUAUAAAGCCACAUAACAUUCUUCUUGAUGAUAACUUCAUCCCAAAGGUUUCUGAUUUUGGGCUUGCUAAGCUCUAUCCUACAAAUAAUAGCAUUGUGUCUCUUACAGCAGCAAGGGGAACUAUAGGAUACAUGGCUCCUGAGCUUUUCUACAGAAAUGUUGGUGGGGUCUCUUAUAAAGCUGAUAUCUAUAGUUUUGGGAUGCUAUUAAUGGAAAUGACUGGUAGAAGGAAAAAUUUAAAUGUCUUAGUUGAGCAUUCAAGUCAGUUUUACUUUCCCUUUUGGGUUUAUGAUCAAUUAAAUGAAGGAAAUGAAAUUAGCAUAGCAGAUGCAACAGGGGAAGAAAUGAAAUUGGCAAGGAAAAUGCUAAUUGUGGGGUUGUGGUGCAUUCAAACAAAGCCUAACGAUCGUCCUUCAAUGAAUAAAGUUGUUGAGAUGCUUGAGGCAGAGGAGCAAGACUUAGAAUUGCCUCAAAAGCCUUAUCUGUAUCCAAGUGACUUACCAGCAGCAAAUCAUGAUAGUGAUCAUUCAACUUCAACAAGGCCAUCCAAGUCAAGCAAUCGGCCUUCAAUGAACGAAAUUGUGGAAAUGCUUGAAGGAGAAGAGCAAGAGUUAGAAUUGUCUCAAUAUUCUCAAGAUUUUCAAACAAUUGAUGCUAGUGAUCAUAUAUGUUCAACGUCUCCAUCCUCUAAUCCAUCAGUGAGUAAGCCAAAAGAAACAACCUCAUUUUUAACUAAAGAAGAUGAGAGAUCAAUAUAGCAUUGUAAAUAGACUAGUGAUCUUGAUAUAUAUUGAUUUUAUUAUGAGAGACUUUUAGAUAUGAAUAAGAAGUGGGGGAUGUAUCAAAAUGAGAAUGCGAUGCUAGGCUUUCAUUUUUUAUGUCAUGAGAUAUAUUAUUAUUAAGGAAGAAGUAUUAUUUGUCUUUCUGGAUAACUAUGUUUUUCCCCCCCGGGAAAGUAGAUAUAUACCAAAAAUAUUUUACCUGCUACUUGGUACUUGGACUAGAACAUUCAUCAGAAGAGACAUGUCCAUUUUGCCUGGCAAAAGUAUGGAAAUCAUUUCUUUUUAUUA